CAAAGUGGCGAUGUUUUGUCCACGAAAGGCUCUCCCUGCAUCCACCGGUAUCCGCUGUCAGUGAGACUGGUAUCCCGCGGAAAUUUAUAAGGAAGCCUCGAAGCCUCUCUUCCCUUUGGUCUCGCUCACAUCACACACAAGUCUCCCACAAAUAAUCAUCGAUUCUCCAUCAGCUACUUCUACUAGCUAGCCAGCACACAAGCAACAAUAGAAUAGACUACCACAGACCACAAACAAACCUGACCAUGCCAUCCCGAGUUCGUUUUGGAUCCACCACGGCCGUGGGCGAAGGCGCCUGCGCCAGCGACGACGAUUUGUGGUUUCACAGUGGCACGCUGCAAGAACGAUUUUCGAGCGAGUUGGAGGCAGCCGAACGCCAGUUUGUUUUGACCAAGUCUAUUGAAACGGAUUGGAGAGGCUUGGAAUAUCACAUGAAAGUCAAUGCCAAACGGCCCAAGUUUGCCGCUCUGUACGUCCAAGCCGUGGUCCAAAAGAGUCUCGCACUGCGGAGUGCCGCAUACAGAGGCAAGCGCAUCAAUGUCGAAAAGAGUCUCCGCCAAUUUGCAUCCCAACACGCUCACGCCAAUUCCAUCAUGGCAGCGCAAGUGGCCAAACUCGAUCAGCAAGAAGCUUUGAAAGUGCACAAUGCUCACAAACAAAGCAAACCAUCCACCGCCACUAUUGCUUCCACUCCCGAAUCGCCCUGUACUCAUCGCAGACGUCCGUUGCCCACAAGAACCGUCUCGCGAGAAGGAACCCGAUUCGCAAUCAUUCCAGUGUAACACCACGCAAUGGAGAUUAUAACACCCUGUCUG